AGACCCGAUCACCCCGAUGGUGGCUUGUCCGCAACAGCAAUUAAAGACCAAAAAAAGACUAGCCGUAGUUGUAAAGCAACGGAAACGAAACGGACAUUUUACUCACCAUUUUCCCUCUUAUUUCAUCUCUUGGUUUCUUCUGUCUCUAAUCUCCUCAGUUAACUCAAAAUUACAACAAUGGCUAUGGCUAUGGCAAUGGCAGAGGCUUUAUGGCUUCUCUUGUCUCCUUUUCUUUUCCUCUCUGUUUCUGCCAUUACUCAAACCAAACUAACCGAUAACCCAGCGGAUGAGUUGGUGGCUGUGCUUAAUGCCAAUAGAACGGCACACAAGUCAUCAUCCCUCGCAGACAACCCAGGCCUUGCCUGCAUUGCUUUGCAAUAUAUAAAAGCAUACCAAGGUGAUUGUGAAGCUGUAGGAGAGUCUGAUGCCAAGAAGCCUCCCGACUCCGAAUUUGCACAAACUUUUGCCCCCAACUGCGGAGUCGACGCGUCGACCCUCUCACCAAUCACCGGUCGUUUUCUAGGAUGCCAAUCCAAAUAUGUCCAGCCUUCUGAAGCGUUCUCAAUGUUGAUAAAAAAUGAAAAGAGUUUGGAAAUCCUCUACAACAAGAACCAGACAGAAAUCGGGGCUGCUGUGACUGGCACUGAUGGUGGAGCUCCCUAUUUCUGGUGUGUGCUGUUGAGCAACGGUAAGCACAACAGUAGCUUUGUUCUAGAAGACGGCGUGGCUAAAAUCAGCAGACCCGGGUGUUUCAGUGGUGCGAAUGAUGAUUGCAGCGGUGCCGAUGUCUCAUCCCCAUUUGGUCAUAAGUGGGUGUAUGCUGUUACAGCUUUCAUUGCUGUGGGAUAUGCCUUCGGAUAUGAUCAUAGCCUGUAGUGUAUGGACCACUUUUUCACUUGAUUGUUCAUUUUGAGGCCAGUUUCAGUCCAUUGCCUUAAAUAGCUUGGUCCCUUCUAGUAUUUGUUUCUGGAGGGAUUUAAUUUAUCAUUCAUUUCACAUGAGUCCACACUUUAUGCUAUUAAAUUUUCUCCUGUUUUAUGUCUAAAUUGGAAAUGGCAUUUUUUUACUGGGAAUGGUAUAUGUUGUUUAUGAUGAUUUUAUUGGCCAAAUAAUGAUUUUCAUCUCAA